GGUUUCCUUCUUUGGUCUUUUUGUGUUUCAUCGGCCGCCUGCAUCGAUCACACAUCGCGCAAGCCAUAUCGCGACCGUCGUACGAAGGCAUGUCAACUCGGACCUAGGCGAUUGCGGGAGCAUGCGAAUCACGCCCUCGACGACACCAUAGAGAUUCACACGAGGUGUACCCUCGGUCCUGCGACAAGCUGGGCGAGAAUACACAAUUCAUCUCCGAGACUCGACGGAAAGCACAAGAGACAUUCCCGGGGAUAAUCGAAGCACACAACGACGUGCUCACCUAAUUGUGCAAAGGAUACAACCAGCUCUGCGGCAGGCGUCUCCCAUGCUUCAAGUGGUUGGCAGUGGCAGUUCUCAUCGAGCCGCACUAGAACUUUGACAUCGCGCAACAUCCUCCAAGAAACACCAAAACAUGUCCAACGAGGUCAUAGCCGCGACGACGACGUCGUUCGUCUUUGCGCUCCUUGCUGUCGGCCUGAGGCUAUACGCGCGCAUCGCGCUGGUCAAGAAGCUCUAUGGCGAGGACUACAUCCUCACCUCAUCCUUUGUGGUGGCAAUGUCGUGGUGGGUGAUCAAAGUAGUGGGGGCCACUAGGAAUGCCGAUGACGGCAACAUCAGGUUAUUAGCCAUAAUAUCAUGGUACGGUACCAUCGCCUGGGGCCUCUGCUCCGCCCUGACCAAGCUGUCCAUCGUGUACCAGUACUGGCGCGUGUUCGAGGACAUCCGGUGGGUGCGGCAGCUGUGCAACAUCCUCAUGGCGCUGCUCGUGCUGUACGGCCUGUACUCGUUCCUCGGCGCCAUCCUCAUGUGCAUACCCGUUAGCCACGCGUGGGCUCCCCUGGGGAGUCCGGGCGGGUCGUGCGCGGACCCCAGGAUAUACUACUACCUGACCUCGUCGGUCAACAUCUUUGCCGACGUCAUCAUCUUUGCGCUGCCGGUCAAGCCGGUGCUCAACCUCAAGAUUCCGCUCAAGCAGAGGCUUGCGCUGCUGUGCUGUUUCACUUUUGGGGCAUUUGUCAUCAUCUGCUCUAUCGUUCGGCUCUACUGGCUUGUAGAACAAAUGGGCAUGAAGCCAUCUCGGGAUGUCGUCGAAAAGGUCACCAUCUGGGCCGGCAUCGAGAUGAUGUCCAGCAUCAUCUGCACGUGCUUCCCCGUUCUCCGGCCCCUGGUCAUGCGCUGGUUCCCCAAGCUCAUGAGCGGCUCGCUCGGAUCGUCCGCAAGGUCUCGCAUCAGCAAGCAUCUCCACCACCAUAACCACGCCGGGCCGCCAAGGCAGAAACAGCAGCAGCCUCCCGUACCGGACCAGAGUCCCAAGAAGAGCCAGGAGAGCGGCAGUGACUCAAACGGGGACUACGCACAGCGCUUCGAGCUUGACUCCCAGCAGCACCAGCAGCAGCUUCAGAGUCAGGCAGCUCCAAAACCGCUCACGACUAAGAGUGCAGAAAGCAGACAGGAGCAAGGCGUCGCCGGCAUCCCCCAGAACGUCCAGCAGCACGUCUCAUGGAAUAACAGACCAUUCGAGAACACCAGCCAGCCGCAGGGCCCCCGACAUCCGCAAUUCCAUCACAACAACGCAGGCAGCACAGGCACAGGCUCUCGCAGCCUGAGCAGUCCGGCACCGCCGUAUGAGUCCCGGACCACGUCUCCGGCACCCAAUAUUGUCCCAAGCGGCGGCACCAUGCACAACAACCUCGACCAAAUUACCUACCCAGCACAAGUCUCCGACCAGCCGCGGCCGGGGUUCAUGCCAGUCAGCCCGGAGAGCACAUACGGCAGCUUCCGCGCGAGCACGGUCAGCGCCCUGAGCCACCACCCAGGGCAGAACGGCGGCGGGAACUUUCUGUACGGCACGCGGAGUAGCAGGAGCAGCGGCAGCCUGCGCGGCUCUCUGCUCGAGAGAAUGAGCGGUAGUGGCAGCGGCAGUGGGCCGAGUUCAUCGACCAGCACACCCAACCUGAGCCAUCUGUACUAUACUGGCGGCGUCGGCCAACAUGCCGGAGUCGGGGCCAACAGCAGCUACUACUACCGUGCCUCGAGCAGCAGCAGCGUGUACAGUCGGUAUAGUAGUAGUACUGCGGCGAAAGGGUUCCGCGGUCUCACGUCGGGCAGUCUGAGCUCGUUUGGCACGAGCACGGUGACGAGCACGGCGUCUGGCGGCGGGACGGGGAGCACGAUGAAUACCAUCAUCGACCAUGAUGAUGAAGACGACGUGGCUGAUGUUGCUUCCGGGCGCCGCGAGGGCUUGAGUUCUGCGGACGGUAAAAUGGCUGUGGGGGUGGAGGACAUUUCUGCCACGCUGGAUUCCGCCAUUGCGAAUCUGCAGGAAAGGAGCAAGGCAAGGAACAACUACAACUACGACAACAACAACAACACUCAGAGUACAACUGCUCUCAGUCCGCUUAGCUACUCCAGCCAGAGCCCGCACGAUGCAGACGACAGGGACGCUGGUGACGAUAGUAACGACGAUGACGAUGACGACGACGACGGCGAAGAAUUCAUCUGUCACACCGCUACCUACGCGGUCGGCAACAACAACAACCCCUGGCAGAAGCGCACGCCAUCCUCGUCGAAAGAAGUCCUGGAACAGCCUCGGUCGCCACACCCCGCAUCGCCCGCCGUCUCCCCGAUAAAGCCCACGCCGCGGCUCGUCCUGCCCCCGCUCUUCUUCCAGCCCGAGCACGCAGAGUAUGAACACUAUCGCAUGUCCGUGUCACAGCCACACCUGCCGAGCUUCAUGCCGCCGACCAGAGGGCUGCCGGCGAUCCCUCAGACGCCAACCAGAUCGUCGCUGGAUCUCGAGGACGAGUACAGGGGGAAGAGGAAGAGCAGGAGGUCUGUAGUCAGUCCGAUGGGCAUGUUUGAGAUGGCAGCUUGAACGUGUAGCCUUGAUGGAGACUCUUUAAGGGGCUGACUGGAGCGAGGAGGCAGGCGUGGAGGGCUCUUAUAAUUUUGUUAUGAUACAACCAACUCACGUUAUUAUGCCUAAGUAUUUAUCACUGUUUGUCUUUCUCCUUUAAAAAGCUCUCUGGGUUUCUUUUGUGGGCUGAGUUGUAUGCAUGGUCGAUAUUGGGAUCUGAGGACAUAUUUCGUGUGAUACAAGUGUUUUACUUUCAUCAUACCACAUGAAGUAGC